AAUUUUUUACCUCCCUCCCAAAUUUCCCAAUGUUCGAAUUUCCCACAAAACCCUAUCUCUGAUUUCGUUCUCCCUCUCUUUCUUUUCACGCUCAAAUAGAAAAUUCACCAAAAGAAAAGCCCUAAUUUCCAAACCCCCCUAACGGUAAUACACAGUGUACUCUCCGCUCAACUUUUUCCUUAUCCACACACAUUGACACACAGAAAUGGCUUCCGCGAAUGCUAUCUCUACCGCCUCGAUCCUCACUUCUCCCAAACAGCGGAAUUUGACGAGUAUGAGAGUGAAUCAACUACUGCAAGGUCAGAAGAUGAAUUACAAUGGGGCGUCCUCGAGUCGGCGGUUCGUGGUGAGAGCUGCUGCGAAGGAGAUCGCGUUUGACCAGAGUUCGUGGUCUGCUCUUCAGGCAGGCAUUGAUAAGCUUGCUGAUGCUGUUGGCCUCACUCUUGGUCCUAGAGAUAUUUUUUGAGUAGCAGUUUGCUUCUUGUGGAAUGCAGGCGUGUGAAGAUUACGACUAACUUUUGUUUUUGUUACCCAUGGAAGAAUCAUGAGGGAAACUUUUAUUUUUGAUUUACGUUAUUUUGAAUUGUGAACAAUAUUAUGUAUUUAAAUAUUGUAUAUGUAUUAUGUAAUAUUAUGUUGUGGGAUAAUUUUGCUGAUGUAUUGUUAUGAAUGCAAGAAUAUUUUUAUUAUUGAUGAA